GUAUGAGUCUGUGUAUUGACUGCGCUGUGCCUCGCCUUGCCUAGCUGAUGGAGAGGAAACAGUCUCUCUCUCCUUUUCCUUCUCUCCCCUUCCCUGUUAUCACUCCUCCCUCUCCCUCUCCCAGGAUCCUAUCCGGCCUCUCCCACUGCAGUCUCUCUCCACCGGCCUCAGUCUCUGACCUUCAGCUAGCCUGGGACCAUGCAAGCCUGUCUGCCCAGGUCAUAUCUAACCCCGGUGAGAGAUGAGGAGGCAGAGUCUCAGAGGAAGGCCAGGUCUCGCCAGGCCAGGCAAACCCGCAGAUCCACACAGGGUGUGACCCUGUCUGAACUGAAGGAGGCUCAGAGGACCUACAGUCUGUCUCCUCUGGACAGAGACAGACAGACAGAGGAUGGAUGUAGCAGACUGACUGACAGGUCCUGUCUGCCGGGGAGAGGGUCUACUGAGGACAGAGGAGAGGCCAGGUCCAGCCUGGCCCAGUAUGUGGAGACAGAGGAUCACAGUCCUACAUGGAGCAGGGAGCUAGACGAGCUUGGAAAUCAUAUAUCAAGGCUAGAGACCAUGGAGGCAGAGUAUUCCACUGCAGGACCAGGGCUCAUGUCUCCCUCUGCCAGUGGGCUCUAUCCCCGGCCUUUCUCCUCCAGCCUGGCCAACCGCACAUUCUCCAAAGAAGUUGAAUGGAAAGAUGAAAACCAGAACCCCGUUGAGGAUCCCUCCAAACGUGGCCUCGCCACAAGAGAGAAACAUCUUUGCUUCUGUGACCAAGAGGCAGAUGAAACCUACCAGACUUUUAAGCAUGACAGGGCAUCAAGCUGUGUUCCUCCCAGGUUGGACUCUGGUGGUGGGGACAGCAAGGCUGAACCCCUGGGCAGAACCAGCUCCUACACACGGAGGGAGACCAGACUGGCAGCAUUGAACAAGCAGGAGGAUGACACCAGCCCCAGGGACUACAAGAAGAUGUAUGAAGACGCCUUGGCAGAGAAUGACAAGCUCAAGUCCCGGCUGGAUGACAGCAAACACGAGCUGACCAAGAUCCGCUCCCAGCUGGACAAAGUCAACCAGAAACAGGACAGAAUCUCUGAAAGAUCCACUGUACUUGAAUCAGAAAAAAGGGAAAAACAGGCUCUGGAGAAGAGGGUAACAGACAUGGAGGAGGAGCUCAAGGCCCUCCCUGUUCUGGCACUGCGGAGCGGCAAUGAGCGUCUCUUGGCUGAGAACAGGGCCAUGCUGCGUGUCCUCACCCACCUUUCCCAGAUGGCCUCCCUGCCUGAGACAGAGGACCUCUAACCCGCCCUGUCCCCCAAGCCUCCACCUCUCUACCCCCCUCUUCCUCAGCCACACAUCCUCCUCUGCCUUCCUCCUCCUGAUUCUCCUCCUGCUGCACCUCCUCCCCUCUCUGCUGCUGUGCUGCUGUACUCUUCUCAGGCAGGUUCCGCCCACCUCUCACUCCUCCACCUUUGGCCUCUCUCACUCAUGUGAGAGUAAAACCCCUCUCCCUAAAUAAUCUUGUGACCGCUGCCUUUAAAUCUAUUUUGAGCUACAUAGCUGCAUAGGCGAAUUACUAGGCUGUGUAGAGACCAGGACAGUAGUAGUUGCAGCCUAACGUUUCUCCAGUGGUUAUUAUUACAGUAUAGUCAAGUGAGUCACUUAAUCAACAGCUUGAACGAACCCAGAAACAGUCUGGAUGGUGCUUGAGAGACUGCUGCAUGGCCGAGUGCCGAAGUCACCAAUGGGACCUUGUGUAGGGAUUAACAUUUCAUUGUUUGCCUCUUGCUACAGUGUCCAAUGUAGUGGCUGACAGGGAAUUUGACAUUUUGAACUAGUACAUUUUGUCUCAAUCAUGUGGCAAUGGAAUGUGUAAUCUCAUUGGCAUCCAUUAACUCACUAAACCCUUUUCCACUGGCCCAAAAAACAUGUGCACAUUAGUGUGUGUGUGUGUGUGUGUGCGUGUGCGUGUGUGCUACAUACAGCUUUGACGGAGACAGAACAGGACAAACAGUCCUUGUUCUCCAGGGGCAUUGGCAGUAUGCAUCAUCAAAUAUAAUACAUAACAAUAUGUUGCUAUUUGAUUGUGGUAACUGGACUAGACAGGGGUGAAGAGAUGAGUGCAUCAUCGUCUGUGUUGGCUUUUUCAUGCAAGCACAAAAUGUUAUUGUUCACUGCACUGUCUGUGGGGGAUGGGGGAGAUUUUGACAAAGAUUGUGGCUAUUUUUAAUCAUUACUCAUGCUGUGGGAGAUGACCUAGAUUGAGGAAGUUGAUCGCCUUGCAUCUCUCUCCCUUUCGGUUCGCAGUUUGCAAAUAGAACCAUACUCCCAAAUAAUGUCCCUAUCAUACUGUAUCAGCAUGCUCUCAUUGCUGGAAGCUAGUCUUUUGUCCACCCUUUGCAUGUCGUGACUGUAGAGUUCAAUCAUUUAGCAAUGAGUUCUUGGUGAUUUAAAUAUUGAAUAUCAUUCCUAAUUCGCCUAAAAAUGAUAAACAAUGUUUAUAUCAUUUCUGUCAAUGUCCCUCAGCAGAAGGAACAUAGACAAGGCAGUGUCCCUUCCACAUAUUUCUGUCUACAGUAUGUGUCACCGCUGUUCCCUACAGAGAACAAGCUACCAUGACAAUCUAAUGCUGCUCUCUCUGUUCCUGUAGGUCUUGACAGAGCUCAAAUCAGACAACCAAAGACUGAAGGACGAGAACGGGGCUCUGAUUCGUGUCAUCAGCAAGUUGUCCAAGUAAAAGGGUGGUGCCCCCUGUAAAAAGUCAGACACUUCCCCGAUGCUUGCAACAUGUCACUAUCAUUAGCAUUCGGUACCCUCCCACCCUGACACUGAACCAUGGUGCUUAGUGACACCUACCUGCCAGCUGUUCUCAGAGGCAUGGUGAGGAACCUUCCAAAUCCGGAUGACCCCUGCCUCGACCCUUGACCUCUAUGCUCUUAGGCCCACUUCAUACCAGUAGGUCAAAGGUGUGAAGAGCACACAGCGUCCGCACAAAGAGAAUGUUGGUCUGGGGUACAGUAAACUGCGAAGCUCCAGGCCAGCAAUCUAAACAAUAUCACAUCCACAUAUUUUACCUGUACAUCACAAACAUACUGUAUUUAUUUUGUGCUUCAUUGUGCACUGCAAAAACAACUUUAUUUUUCUCAAACUACUGAAAAAGCACUCAUAGGAAUUACUUUCAAUAAUCUUUCAUUGCAGUGAUAACAUUACACAUUGCCAUGAAUGCUUCUGAUGUGAGAUGUUGUGACUUGUUUAUGAUUAAUCUUUCUGGUUUGUAGUUCAAUUUCCGUCACAGACCCUUUUCUCUGAGCUGCUCAUCAGUGUGGUCUACUAUAGUCUCUGAGAUGUCACAUUUGUUAAGAUAUUUUAAUAAUUUAUUUAUGCAUUUUUUGGUUUAGAAUCUUUGAACCUAUACUCAACUAUAUUUGUACCGAUAUAGUAUUAAUGUGUCCUAUUAAACCGUACCGUUGGAGCCCACAUAGUAACUUAUGUUGGAAGAUGGACAGCCUCUUUUUAUUUCUAGUGAAACAUGUACAUGAUUUGUAAUGCACAGGGAACAACAUACAAGGGCCUUCUUUAUGUGCCUUUCCUUAAAGACCAAUACAGCUAUCAGUCUAAUGAACUGUACGUAUAUUUAAAGACAGUAUUUUAUGUUGAAAUAACUUUACCGUGUAUGUUAUACGAGACCGAAAUACUGACAUUCUACUUGUACACACAGCUGUGGUUUGAUCGCUUGCUUAAUAAACUAUAGAUGGUUAAAUAAUAAAUCAUCUGAGUUCUCACUA